AUGGACGCCUCCGUCAGAACGCCUUUGCUCCACGGCCAGGCCGGGCAUGCCGACGAGGGAUUGCCCACGCCAGCCGCCUAUGGCCAGGUCCAAGACCAUAACGCCCUCUGCUGGAUUCGAGGAGGUGUCGUUGCCUACUUGACCGCAGUCGGUGCAAUGAUCCUCGACUACAAGCUUCGAGAGAAGUCGCCGUACUCGAACUGGCGCGUCGUCUUUGACUUCUCCAUUGUCACUUAUUCUCUGCUUUUGAUUUACCACUUGGUGGUGCUGGUACGAAUCAUCGUCGUGGUCCGUGUUGCAGUGACUGACAUGGGUUGCAUCCAGGGUUGGACCUACACCCAUCUCUACCACCCGCACAUUGACGACAGCAACCGUGGCUAG